UACGGGAGUCAUGCACCUCCACACACAGUCAUCGGUCGAAAUAUUAGUCUUCUGUGGAUAGUCUGAAUUUUGUGAAACUCGUCUUCAUAAAAGCAUAGUCAUUCUAAAUGAUUACAUACCUGUAUUCGUUCUGGCGUGCAAAAAACGCGUGACUGACUGUCAUCGUGAAUUAGCGAUACGUAAUACGUUCGACAUGUGUCGGUUUUGUUCAGCAUCAGUAGAAUAAUCGCUGUCGUGAAGCGUGUGUCGGUGAAAUUCGACUUUUAUAAUUUGUAUCGAAGAGAGGGCGGCUUUUGGAAAGAUUGAACAUAGUUAUUCUCGAAUCCACAAUCUACGACAAAAAGGUUACCCAGAGCUAGGUGAAAAACCCAUCAACUUCGAGUAUGGAGGAGGAUAUUGGAACAACAGUCGAGCUCUUUGUGUAUGACCUCACAAGGGGCAUGGCCCAGAUGAUGUCACAGAUGCUACUUGGUCGGCAUGUGGAUGGAAUAUGGCACACCGCGAUUGUUGCUUAUGGCAGAGAAUAUUUCUUUGGAUCGGGAGGAGUACAAAGUUGCCGACCGGGUGGCACAGUUUUGGGUGAAGCUACUCAAGUCAUUAAUCUUGGAGAAACCUUUAUCCCAUAUCAAGUAUUCUUGGAGUAUGUGUUAGGACUAGGGGAGACUACAUUUAGUCCAAGAUCAUAUGACUUGUUCAAACAUAACUGCAACAAUUUCACAAAUGAAGUAAGUCAAUUUCUGUGUGGGAAGUUGAUCCCAAAGUAUAUCCUUGAUGUUCCAGAAGAGAUCCUUAAUACACCGAUUGGACAAACAUUGAGGCCACUAAUAGACAGUCUAAGUGAAGGUGCAAGAGGUGUAACAUUUGGAGAGAAUGCCAGUAACGGCUUAAGGGAUUAUGAACCUCUUCAGUCAAGCAGAGAGAGAGCAGAAUCUCCAGACUUUGUUGAACUAAAUACGGCUAUUGACGAAGUCAGAAAGAAUUCUGUGGUUUUUUUUCGCAACGUAAUCAACGAGAAACUUGCCAAAAAAGAACGCAAGAAAAAGAAGAAGAGAGAGAAACGUGAAAAGGAUCGCGAGAGUGGUGGAAGCAGUUCAGCAGAACUCACUCCAGACAGCUCUAGUUCAACAACAGAACUAACACCUGACAGCUGCUGUAGCAAUUCAAAGAAUUCAUCAAGGCGUCCCAGCAAUAUGGCCGAUGGUGAGGCACCUGAAGUUACAGAACUCACAGCUAAUGGCUCUGAUGAAUCCAGCAAGAAAUCCACAGCAGAUGUUGAAGCUGAAAUAGAAGAACAAGAGGCCCGCGAAAAGAAAGAGAGGGAAGAGAGGAAGAAGAAUAGAGAACCUCCAAUAGUAUACAAAGAUGCAAUAAAUGUUCAGGUGGACUUUGAUGCACUGGUUGGUUUUGUGGAUGGAAUACUCUCACCUGAAGAACAACAGUCUUUGGAAGAGCUCCAUCAGUAUAUGUUGGAGGAUGAGGGUUCGUGGGCACUUGGUGACGGUUUCCUAAACUUUGUUGGACGAUUGCUUCAUGAUAAAUCUCUGAGGCCAGAAAUCAGAGUACGGAUUCUGAACGUGUUGGCUGCAGCUGCACUUAAGGAUGAUGUGAUAUUGUUGCUUCACCAGGACAGGAGAGAACAUGUCCUUAUGAACUAUUCACAUGAUGUAGAUAGAUUAUCUGUUGAAGAACAAGAAGCACUAGCAUUAUUUAUAUGUAACAUGUUUGAAAACUUGAGCAGCUCAGAGUGGCUACUGUACAUAUCAGAAUGGCAGUAUUGCAAUGCAACCAUCAGUAAUAUUCGGUGCACAACUAAGGUGGCUGUCAAUUCUCUGCUUUCUGAUAACGCAGUUCUUCGGGAGCGGGGAUCUGCAAUUAUACAUAAUCUCGCCUGCAAGGAGGUGUUUGAUGAUGUAGCUGUGGAGUUGACAAUGGCUCUGCUGCAGUAUUUCAACACCAAUCUUUUUUUAUGCAUGAAGGCUCUGAAUCGUUUCUGUCAAAUCUCACAGCAUGAUGUCCCACAACUUAUACAAAUGAUCGGCCCCGAGCCAGCUAAGUUCCGAGGAGCCUCUGCUCGAGUCGAUGAUCUCAUUGGUCAGAUCAGUAAACGACUACGUUAGCCUGACCUGAGAAAAUCUUCCAACAAAACAAAUGGCUGUCUAAGAAGAAAUGAACUCUGUUCCAGAUUAUACAAAGUAGGAUCUACCAUGGUAUAUGCUUAAAUUAUUAUAUUCCCCCUUGCAUAUGUUAACCAUAUCUGUGUAUGUACAGUGUGUUUCUCAGAUUUGAUAGGGAUGUAUCUUGUUGUUCAAUAAAAUUUGUAAUUUAAAGAGAAGAAAUACAGAAAUCAAGAAAGUCAAAACACCAACGAGAAUUGAGGAUGAUAUCAUAAAUAACCAUCUUCAAUUAUUUAUUAAUACUGAAUGAUUCAUAAGGUGAAGGAACAGGAAAAUAAUUAAUAAAAUCUUCUCAGGUUGUCAGCCCUGUCAAAUGGUCUUCUGAUGUCCUGAUCAUGAGAGCAGAGAAGAUCCCUGAAAUGUCAGCGAGUUCUAACCAUUUGACACGACUAAUUGACUUAAAAAUUUUAUUUAGUUCACCAUGAUAGUUUUAGAUCAUACAACAGAAAAAAUGAACACAUGGUAGACCUCAUAAAGUAUUUGUAGUGUCUUUUGAGUUUUGUUCUAAUUAGUGCUCUGAUUCAUUUUCCUUCCUUAUUUCUUCUGAAAAUGUAGCUGAAUAUUCUACCUUGCAUUUUUAAUUAUGACAAAAUUUGUAGUUAAUAAGUUAUUCCUUUAUAUAUUGUUAUAACACAGAAUAGGUAUUUAAAAUGUGAAGGAUAAUAUUUAAAAGAAGUAUGAAUUACAUUGCAACAACUGUCCUGAAUGCCUCAGAAUUAAAAUGGCAUAUCACAUUUACUGUACACUCCCACUGCUCCUUGCCUCACCUCAUCUUGGUUUAUCACAAUUCUGUAGGUUGGAAUACUGUGCACCACACACCAGUUUCUUUUGUGCUUGACAGUGAUCAGCUAAGAAACAGUACCAGUUGUAUUCCUGUUAGAAGAUGAAGAAGAAAAAUAAAAGAAUCAUCAAUAUAGACAUUUUUGGGUACUUGAUAUUUGGAGUAGUAGGGAUAUUUGUGGAGGGUUUGUGACAUUAUUUUAUAAUUUGUUAGAAAAUGAAGCAAAGUCUCAGCGUUUUUUUUUCUGAAUGAAGAGGGAAAACUUUUAUGGCUUGUUGAAGAUUGUGGUGCUGAGACUUGAGAGAAAUUACAAAUUCCAAGAGACCGAUCUUGGCUAUUGAAAUAAAAUAUUAGUAAUAACUUUAAGGUAAGUGAAUGCUUAGUUAGAAUUAUAUCUCAGAAGUAAACACAUGAACUCUGCUUUUUAUGCUGAUAAUAUCUUUCCUUUAUUACACAGAGACAGCAUAUAAGAAGCACAAUUAUUAUAACAGUAAAACAACUGGUCAUGCAUACCAGUUAAUUUUUUGAGUUUGUCUGCAUUUGAACAAUUAAUUGAUUUUAAAGCCAUUGUUAUUUCCUGUUCUUUAAAAGACUGAUUUCUGAAUAAAAAAUUAUAUUAAGGACAACAAAAGAUUUGUUCAGAGAAUCCAAAUAAAUUUGUGUGGAGAGCAUCAUACCAGAAGGGCAUAUAAACAAAUUACUUACAUAUGAUAAUUAUUCUUGUAUUUGUACAAUAGCUUGUGUCACAUGAUAAUUCUUUGUACCUGUUAUAUGUAAAUUGUAAAUCUGUGCUGCAAGAUAAUGUUUAUGUAUUUCAUACAUGUAGAUUGCAAUAAUGUAUAGAUUAAACUUUAAACAGUAUGGAAUUAUGA